AUGGCUGCUGCUAGCGCGAGGGCGCAAAAGCCCGUUGGUUCCGCCGCCUGGAUCGCCACGGAGAAGGAAAAUGUGGCGGAGAUGGUCGAGCAAGAACUGGAGGAAGUGGAAUACCCCGUCCGUCAUGAGAUGGACUGGCUCAACGAGCACAUGACCGAGAUCUUCUCCAAGGGCCAAGCAAACUUUACCGAUGUAUUCAAAACCCCUGGUAAAAUGCGAGGGAAAACUCCUCGUACGGCUCGCAAGCGAAAUGUGGAAGAUGACCGAGUCGUAAGUUCUGCGCGCUGGCCUGUGUGGGAUGGGAUUGCCUCCAGCCGAAGUGAAAAGCUAACCAUGAAACAGCCACUGAGUGAGAUUUUCUCCUCCUCCCACAAGCAAGUAGAAAACAAGGCUGUAAGCCCUAGUCCAUUUAUUCAUCGUGUCAUAUCGAAAACUGCUGCGCCCGCAGCGAUUGCCCCUCCCCGCCUCAAGGAAGCCGAGGUGCCAUCGCAACCCCAAUAUCCAGAUCUCAGCCAGAACCUGAACUCCUUCCAAAAAUAUAACACCGACUCCGGCUACCAUGGAAUGGAAGAUGAAGAUGAAGAGGUCGACGACGAUGAUGAUGAAAUGGUGUUGCCCGAUACGCAGCCAGAAACAGAGACCGCCACACAACCAUUCGAAGUGGAUGAAGCAGCGAGAUCAAACUCCCGACCUGAACUUUCAGCCAGUCAACGAACAACAGAAGACUCUUUCGUCUCAGCUCAAGAGAACGUCCGCGCUCGAGGAGAGACUAUCGAACCAAUGAAACUGGAUCCGACACCGACGCAGGAGCGAACCGCCCGCCCCGUGAACGCAGCGCACAAGGAAUCUGAGUCUGAAAACGAUACAACUCCAAAGGUUGCGCCUCAACCUAAGAUAAAACAUCAGACGAAAGCAUCGACUUCCCAGCAAGCCCGGCAGGAAAGGCCCAUGGCCCAAGAAAAGCCCAAGGAGCAAGACCAGGAAGACGUGAUCUCCAGCGUUAAAAACAAGAAUCCUGUGGCUUCCCAUCAGCUAAGGGAACAGGAGGAGUCUCAGCCUCAAGAUGACGAGAUGGAAAUCGAAGAUACGACGAAGGAUGAUACCAUCCUAGACGACAACUUUGAUGACAUUGGAUCGCCCUCCGAUGGCUCUACACCAGACAGACUGCCUGUCCGCAAGAGUAGCUUGAGCUUUGCCUCUCUGCCGGCCAGAGAGCCUCUUACCAAGAAGAGUAUGGGCGGUGCAAGGAUUUCGCGUACCAGUCACAUUGAUCUCGCGAAAUUGAGCCAUAAGAGAAACUCCAAUUUCCUUGGAGUCCAAUCAAGUGGUCAUAAAUCGGGACAACCAUCCUCAGAAGACAAUGUGAGCGAUGCCACUAUGGACAUUGAAAAUGAGAAGAGACCGGAAGACGACGUCGAUAUGGACCAGGCUAGCAAAUUAUACAACAAAAAGUCGACCCAAAGCCUACAUGAUAGGAUCAGCAUGCUCGGAAAGCCCCAAACACGCCCCAACAAGUCUAUCCCGGCGGCAGCGGGUCUGUCUGCUGGUCAAAUCGCCUAUCCAGAGCUCCCGGCUGCCAAAGCUGGACCCAAACUGGACUCUUCAAAUGAGAAGUCCAGGAAGACACCCGCCCCGAAAACAGACACUGCUGGCGAUGACGAUUGGAUCAAGGCUCUGGAUUCGCCACAACGACCGAAUCUCAUCAAGAGCAAAACCACAGAUGUCAUGGAGCAUCUCCUGGAGCCUGAGAAACACCAAUCUUCUUCUCAGAAGAUUAGCCCAGCACUCAAGCAGAAGCCCUCUGAAGAACCCGAACGGCCCAAAUCAUCCGCUUCCAUCUUUUCUUCUCCUCGCCCACGGGGUCAUCAGCAGAGCGCGUCUACUUCUAUUUUGGGAUCUACGACUCCCGUUGGAUCCCCUCGACGUUUCGAGGGCCCGCUAAGUGCUUCCAAGAUAAGAUUGCAGUCGAUCAUGAAGUCUGCAAAGGGCUUAUUCACAAGCACUGGCAGUCCUUCGAGAAUCGAGAGCUCCUCCCCAGUGGCACAUCGUGUGCAGACCCAGGAGCGAAUGAGCGUCGACAUCAAUGAAAGUGAUGAUGUUCAAAUGUCUGAGCCACCUCACAUCUCCAGCCCUCCCGCACGACAGGAGGGCCGCCGCACUCGAAGCUCCACCGAGAAGGAGGAAAAGCGUCAGCGAAGGGAACAGGAAGACCGCCAACGAGAGGCAGAGGCGCACCAAGAAGAAGCGCGUUUAGAAAGAGCUAAGGAGCAGGAGAAACAACGAACAGCGCAGCUCAAGGCCGCUCAAGACAAAUCUUCUGUUGAGCCAGAUGAGCGCAUCGCACAAAAGCCAUCGCAACUGCAACGACAACAGUCGCGGGAACCUGAGUCAAAAUACGGAAUUCCACAGCCAAAGCAAGCCGAUCGCCGACCCAAGCCCCCGACCCGCGAGGCGGUUCAAAAGCCCGAGCCGCGACCUGUUUCGAUCCGAGUUGGGAGCACAAUGUCCUCUCGUCAAAUCCCUGUAGCUACUUCUGUUUCGUCCAGCUUCAACGAGGCAAAUACUCCCGCCCCAGCUCCUGUUUCUAAGCAAGCAAGCUUGAAAAAGAAGGGGAGCAACCAAUCACUCCAAACGGCUUCCUCGACGAAUAGCCUCAAGAGCAGCACUUCGAGCCAGACACAAGCACAGCGAAAAGCUCAACUGGCGAGCGAGCGCAAACGAGAACAGGAUCGGAAACGAGCUGCCCAGCAACAGCAAGAGGAAUCUCGUCGUCAGGAGGCCCAAAGCCGUGCUGAGAGUCGUGCUGAGGCAGAUCGCGGACGACGAGAACUAUCUGCCCAGGAAGAAUCUAACAAAGCCGCAAUUGAAAGACGGAGACAAGAAAAUGCUCGGCGACAACACGGCCGUACCGGUAGCCAGCAGAUCGUCAAUGAGGUAUUUCAUUCCUUUUCCACAGUCAUCGAGGAUUCCACUAAUCAUAUCCAGGCUCCCGCCCUGCAACACGAGAAAUCAGCCGUUCAAUCCUCUCAGAAGAGUGAUCUUGGAGGAACGAGGCCGCAGUCUCGCGCAGGUCCAGCACAGAAUUAUGGUCGAAUUAAUCCACCUGCGCCCAAUCCUGCCAGACCCGCUAAGAGGCCCAUGAAUGAAGAGGCUAGUAAUCGACCUCCGGUGAAGAAGAUCAGCAAUGUACACUCCGUUAUCGGGGAUAAAUGGGGCAAAGGUGAAGAUGAGCAACAGCACCAAUACCAACACCAACCCUCCAGGCCAUCGGUCAGACCUCCAAUGGGACCCCCCUAA